AUGGAUAGAAAGCCGCCGGAAGGCCUUUUAACAAAGUCCUUACGGACUUCAAAAUUGACCAUCAAGAGCAAUACCAACAGCACAACUAUCUUAAAAAUGACUACCAAAGCGCAGAAGGAUAAGCCUCAUACGCCUGGGCCCAAGUUGGUGCCGAGGCCGACAGCCGCGUCAAUCGCGCGCGCCGCGCUUAACGCCAGCAACCGCAUGCCACCUCAACCGCAGCGCCCAUCGUCUGUUAAAACUCCUAGUUCGCCAAAUUUGAAAAGAAAGCCCAAUAUUCAACGAAAUAUACAUGACAUCUAUACAAAGGCAGACAACCAAGUGGAUACAAUAAUACAUGGUUUGGAACCGAUCGAUGAUACCAAAACUGAUUUAAAUAAUCUUGAGGAGAACAUUGAGGGGACUCAGUAUCGGGGAGAACCGCCAGUAAUAUCAGAGAACCUGCAUCAGGAAGAGCCUUAUCUUGAUAUUGUAUUGCCCUCGGACUACGGCGAGUCGCUAGUUGAUUCUAUAGACACGUCAAGCACGCUGUCAACGAGCCAGCCACGAACUCCAAUGGCGAGCCGUCCCCAAACUCCUAGGAGUCCGGCAAGGACGCAAGCAGGAGGCACUAGGCCAAAUACCCCUCGAAGUGCACAGGACUCGAGGGCUCAGUCCACCACUCCCAACAGUCGACCGACCACGCCUCGAAAACCUCAACCCAAGUCUCAAUCAAUACCACCGCCCGACGUGUCACUGGCCUCGUCUGCCUACCUGCAGCUGCGUAAUGAUACCUCAGAGGUCGAUGAUAAUGAUCUCAUGUUAUCUUACUCAGCGAAGCAGAAACAGUUCCAACAAAUGAAGAAGGAAUUGGAUGUGAAACAACAAGCGGUUCUAGAAGCGUUCGACAGUUUGCGCAGCCUGCGGGAGCAGUUACCGCGCGAGAGCGGAAUGGGCGGCGGCGAGGGUGCAGUGCAAGAGCUGCUGGUGUUCAACGUCGCUGACUGGCCGGCGGAGGAGCUGGAGCAGCUCUACCGCGGCGUCGCCGCCGCCGCAAACACCGAUGGAGCGAUGCAACUUAUUGAAUCUGUUCCCAUCGAUGAAUCCAACUUUAAUGAAGUAGAAGCCAAAGUGAUGAAGAUGCCAGAACAAUUCGCUGAAUUAUGCCUCCAAGCGUUCGCAGCGCGACAAGAGCUCAUAGAUUGGGUUAAGGAUCUUCUGCAUUCUAAUAACGACUGCGGCGAAGGGGAAACAUUGCAGAGAAUUGCCAAUUACAACUCGCAAGGGCUCCGGCUUUGCGAAGCUUUGCGGGAACUUAAAGAACAAGCGGACUGUGCGGUGGAUACAGUAGCGUAUUUUUCCAAGCGAAUGUGGAGAGAUCAAAAUGCAUUAAUUAGUGUUGGAAAAGUGUUAGUCCGUGACGUGGCAUGUCUCAAGCAGAACCUUGAAAUGCAAGCGAAUGUCGUCGAGCAAAUGCAGUCGCAGUUUCAUAGUUUACAAAACGGAACUAGUAAUUUACAGGAAUUACGUCAAGAAUUGGAGGAGGAAAGAGCUGCGAAAAAUUUACUUAAGGAAAAACUUGCGACGUCUGAGAAUCAACAUCGGCAGUCUCGCAAUCGAAUCACCAAAAUGGACCGUCAAAUUCGAGAAGCUGAAACAAGCAUAACCACUUUAACUGGCACUGUAAAAUUGCUUGAAGAUCAGUCUCGACAAAAAGAGAUACAACUGGAAGCACGGGCCAGAAAAAUAAGAGAAUCGCUAAAAACUGGUGAAGUGGCGAGUGGUCAUUUAGCACAGAAACGUGAUGCACUAAAAGCUGAAGUAACAGAAUUGAAAGACCAGAUUGAAAAACUAUCGGCUAAAUAUAACUCCACUAUUAAAGAUUUAGAAAAUCAGUUACAAGAAACUAAGUCUGCUUUGGAAGAACAGACUUUGUUAAAUCGUAACAAGGAAAUGGAAAUAGCAACUGCGAAGAAUGAAACUUUAGCAGAGAGCAAGGCCACAGUUGAGCAACUGCUUACCAAAAUAAGGGAACUUGAGAAUAAAACCGCACACAACGGUGAACAAAAACAGCCGUCUUCACGAGAAAUGGAAAUUUUAGCAGAAUUGCAAGCAACAAAAGAAACACUGCGAUUGGUAGAAGAAGAAGUUAUAGUGUUCAAACAGGAGAAAGUUCGAUUCUUGGAAACGCUUGCAAAAAUUGCUGAGUCAGACGACAAAGUAGGGAUGCAACAAAAAUUGGCGGCGGAACUUCUCAGCAAAGAGGAAAUAAUAGGCAAGCUGCAGGUUCAAAUGAGAGAAUUGACCAAGAAUGAUAAAUUACUUUCUCAGAAAGUUAUUCAAUAUGAGCAAUAUGUUAAGGUUUUACAAGAACAUAGAACUGGAGUCACGAAUUUGGAAGAAAGUAACGAAGAUUUUCAAAAAGAGAUCCUAGGUUUACGAAUGAAGCUUUUGGAAGAAAUCCACCGGAACGAGGAGCUGACGGAAGCGCUGGCGAAGAAAAAUCACCAACUGGAGCAGCAAGACAAGACGUCGCGAGCCCAGGCAAGAGUCAUCAAGGUGCGCGAGGAACUGAUCAACUUGCUUAAGAACAAGGAGACGGAGCAAACCCGCGAGCUGUUGGCGUUGCAACAGGACCUUGAGAAUAGAAUGAAAAUUGUAGACGAAGUAAACAAGCAAAUCGCAGCUAAGGCGGUGGAGAUCCAGGAACUGUUCGGGACGCUGGAGAGCAAGCAGCAGCAGAUCCACCGGCUGGAGAAGAUCGUGCUGAUGCUGGAGGAGCAGCAGCGGCGGUCGCAGGCGCAGCGCACGCGCCACGAGGAGAAGAUCGCCGCGCUCGAGCACGAGCUCGCGGAAGGGUGUCGCCGGGAACGAAAGUUCCUGUUCUUCUGAAAGGCCAAAAUUAAAAGUGACAUGAAAGCGCUGAUUUAAAUUUACUGUAGUGAAAUUAAUCAUUUAAAUUCGAAAUUAAGCGC